GGAAAYGAUAUUCCGGAAAGAUGGCGGCGCCUGUCAACAACAGCUCUAGUUGUUGGAAGGUCCCUGAGGUUUAUAAACACCACGAGCAGCAGAAAGUUUGCAUUUCUCGACCAAAAUAUAGGGAAGGGAGGAAAGAUAAAGCAGUUAAGGUGUACACCAUAAACCUGGAGUCUCGUUACCUGAUGGUUCAAGGAGUCCCAGCUAUCGGUGUGAUGACGGAGCUGGUCCAGCUGUGUGCUCUGUACGGCACCGUGGAGGAGUACAGACCUCUGGACGAGUAUCCAGCUGAGGAGUUCACAGAGGUCUACCUCAUCAAGUUUCAGAAACUAACCAGUGCCAGGGCAGCGAAACGUAACAUGGAUGAGAAAAGUUUCUACGGUGGUGUGCUGCACGUUUGUUAUGUCCCAGAAUAUGAGACUGUGGAAGACACCAGGCUGAAGCUACAGGACCGGAGAAGUUAUGUAAUGAGAGCAGCUCGGAACAGAGCCAAAGAGAAAAAAGAAAAAGCAGCAAUGAACGAGGGCUCCACUUCAUCAGAAACCACCUCCACAUCAGACACAGUCGUCACGAGACAUGAACCCGUUUCUGAAAAUUUAACGACAGGGGAAACGUCAAGCGACAGCCUUCAUCCCGUUUUUCCUCCACUGCCAUUACCUCCCCACGAAUAUUAUUCCUUCAGAUGUGACAAUGCACACGAGGCUGGACCAAAGGAGGAUAAAAUGGGGACUUUACAUAAUGCUGUUACCAACUUAAAGCAGCCACAAGUGGAGAGUUUACGCACCAACCCAUCACCCUUCAACAGAAGCCGCGGCACAAGAUGCAAACUGAACUCUAAUCAGGAUCCGGAGUUCAGAUUUCUGCCAAGGACCAAACAUUUGGAGAGGAGAAAACGCAAAAUGGAAGAAGCAGCAGAGCAGUCAGCACAUGUUUCUGGAGGAAAUGAACCUUUGAUUGGACCAAAACUACCAGAACCACCUAAAUUAGACAUGGAAGAUGACUCGCUGAACACAACUGUGAGCCUGAUCAGGAACACAAUGAAGCAGGUGGAAUCAGUUCCUGAUCUCAAACCUGGAGAGAAAAAGAUCAAACCACGUCGUCGUAUAUGAUACAGAUGGAUGUGUUGACUUGUGGGAAACAUCAACGUUUUUAUUUAUAUUUAGUCCUGUACCUGUGCCAUAAAAUAAACCAAGACAAACAUAUAACAAUAAAAGUUUUCUAAAAA